AUGAUGAGUGAUUCGGAUGAUACAGACGUUUUACUCCUAAUUCCACCUGACCUAUUCCUUGUGCCGUCGUCUUCAGAAUCUGAUGUUAGUUCUAAUCGUGGGGAGGUGAACUACAGUAAUAGAAGAACCGGAGUGAUAGGAGAAAUUGUGGAACAUAUGCAAUCAUUAGAAAGCAGAAUUAAUGCUAUUGAGUCCAAAGAUACAAGCUUAGAUGCUACUUUGUUAAACAAUUCAUUGGAUUCACAACUUCACAAUAAUACAGCUGUUAAGCUUAGACAGACAUUACCUAAAACUAAAUUUCAUUUAAAUCAGAGCUCUAGUUUACAAAAUACACCUAUAAAGCCUAGACGAUCCUUGUCUGUUCCAUCAACUCCUAAUAGUUAUUCAUUGUCAAGCCAUAAUAAUUUGCAUCAGGAUGACAUGAAAUCAGGGAAUUGUUUUCCUAUGGCUAAUGGUACUAAUGCAACUAACACUACUAAUCAUGAUAAGAAUAAGCAUGAUUAUUUAAUAUCCCAGUCUGACUCCUCUGUGGUGGUACCUUCUGCUUCUCGCAGUGUGGGUUUUCUGCAUGCCACUAGUACUUCUUCCAAAGGGGAACCUUGCUCCUAUCCAUUUGAUUAUUAUCAAAACACAAGUAAUAUGCAUAAUAAACCUUCCUGCAAUCAACUGAGUUCAUUGCCAUCUACUUCAACUUUAAUUAGCACCACUGGACAGCCAAAUCCCUGUUCUAAGACUAAUGUACACGAGAUGGAGCUAUUUGAAGUCGAUGAACUACUCCAGGAAAUGGAAGCUACUGAACUAGAACUAUCAAAACGAAUAAAUAGAGUCUCAAUGCAGCAGUCUUCUACGGACGAUAAUGAUAUAUUAUUGCCUAAUCAGAGCAGUGAUACACUUAGGAGCAAGGUUCAAAGUGAUGUAUGUAAACAGUCUAUUAAUCGAAAAUUAGAUUUCGAUUUAGAAGACUUGAAUCAAUAUCAUGAUGCCCAACUAGGUGUAACUAAAAAAAAAUAUUCUGACUUAUUCCCUGACAUAUCCCUCCCAUACGAUGAUUCAUUGCGUUUUGAUCGAACUGACAAAAUGAUCUCGGAGUUUAAAACAUGGGAACAAAAUAUUAAAAAACCAUCAUUAAAGACUGAGCAGGUAGAAGGUACAAGUACACUAAAAGACACAAAUAACAUUGAUAAGUCAGUUUCUAAACCAAGUGAUGCAAAGAGAAUGGAAUCAACUUCUGAACAAGCUACCUUGAAUGUGGGUGAUACAAACAGUGUAGCUGCAAUCAACGCACAUGCUGUGCAAACCCAAUCUAUGCAUAAAAAUUCGAAUUCUUCAUUACUUAAUGAGUUAACACAAUAUAAUACUGCUACAUCAACAAGAAGUACAGAGUUAUAUGCAUCGUGUGUGUCAGAAACCUAUAAAAGCUCCCAACAAAAUGGUAAUGUGCAACAUAUGAAAGAGGUGCAUGAAGCACCAUUUACUAAAAGUACUGUCCACGCGUCAACCAAUACAGAUUUUUUCCCAAGGAAAUCACAGAGACUUUUGUCAUUAUCAGAUUUUUGGGAUAAUACUUGUAUUAGAUCUCAGGAAGAAAUGCGUAAAAUUAAACUAGAAGAAGAAAAAUUUCGGCGGGAGCAUUGUGAACAUUUAAUUCAAGAACUUCAGAAACGGCUAUUAGAACAACAGGAAAAGGUUGCAGUAGCACUUAGAGUAGACAAUGAAAAAAAUGAAUUGAUAGCCCAAUUUCAUAAUGCAUGGUCUAAAUUGAAACAACGAUUGCAUGUUUUAGAAAAUGAAUAUAACACCUUACAGACAAAUCUUAAGAAUGUAACUGAAAAACAUCAAUUGGAAAUUUUAGAAUUUCAAUCGCAAAUUAAACGAUAUGAAGGAGAACUGUCAAAAGCGUUAGACCUUGCAGCUGGUUAUAAAGAGAAAAGUGAUACUGUAAUGAAAGAAAAACUAGAAUUGUUAGAAAGUCAUGCUAAUGAAUUAGAAAAUUACAAAUCACUUGUUCAAGCAGCCGACAGUAGGUAUGAACAACUAAAAAUAGACUACGAUAAAGUAUUAGAAAAAAAUAAACAGAAUGAAGAAACUAUGAAAAAUAUUCAACAAGAGUUGACUAAAGAACGAUUGAAAGGUGUUGAAGUUAGGAAUGAAAUGAAUGUUAUUCAUAAAGCAUUAGACACUUGUGAAGCUGAAUUGACUGUCUUAAGGCAAGAGAAAGAAAAUUUACAAUUAAAAUUAAAAGAAGAGACAAAUAGGAACGCAAUUUUGCAGCAAAAAAAUAACGCCCUAGUUUUGUCAGUUGAUGAUGCUAAAAAGGCAGAGAAGGUAGCCAAGGAUGAAACUAAAUCUCUCGCGGAACAAAAAGAACAAAUUAGAUUGGAAUUGCAAGAAGUUUAUCAGAAACAAGUUGACGAAGUUGUAAAAGUCAAACUGCAAGAAUUCCAGACUCAACUUGAUGCCGCGGAGUCAGAAUUUCUUGAAGAAUUAAAAACUAGGCAACAAGUUAUUGCUGAAUGCGCGGCACGAAAAAUUAAAGAUAUUAUAGAUAAACAUCGAUUAGAAAUAAAUUUAUUAGAAGAGAAACAUAAAGAAGAGAAACGACUAUGUGAACUUCAGUUGGCGCAAGUUUUACAAAAGUCAGCCAUUUUAGAAACGCAACUUAAUUCCCAGCGCGCUACUAAAUCUCAGCUUGCUGAGCAGUUGCAUUCUGUAAUGCAGAAGCAAUGGCAGCAAGCGUUACAUAUCAUAUCAGGUGGAAAUAUGGAAGACUUAACACCGAUCCAAAAGAUUCAUGCCGAAAAAUUAUUCAGAGGUCCAAAGAAAUCAGAAUCAAUGCCAAAUUGUUAUGCUAGGGUUUCUCAAGAACCAAUAAGAUUAUCAUUACAGCCAACAGAUAUAAAGAACUUUCACGACCAAAACGAGAGUUUAAACACAAUGACGCCAAUUGAAGACACACCAUUAAGUAGCAAAGAAUCAAAGGACGAUCUCCGAAAAUAUGUAAAAAUGAUUGUUGAUAUACAAAAGUCCAGAGAAGAGUUUUUAAGAGUUCGAGAAAAUAUUCCGAGUCCACCGUUAGCUUGUAGAGAAGUACCGCGAAAGCAUUAUAUGAAAAAAGAAUUGAUCAUAAAGGACGAAGACAAUGUUACGUGGCAACCUGCGUCGGAAACUACUCAAGACACCACUGAAUUUAUUCCAAUUUCACAAAAAGCUUGCACAAAGGGAGAUCAACACAGGACUAAACCACCAUGGAAAUGAUCCAUGGUUUGUAAUUCUAUAGAUGAUUAU